ACUGAUGAAAUUCAUCUGAUUAUGUCACUAUAUUUGCCCUGGACUAGAACAACUGAGUCAUCUGCAUAGCCCAAUACUUCAUAUUCAGUAUUGUUUACAAGACGUAGUAGCUCCUUCAUUACAAGGUUUCAAAACAGUGAGGACAAGACACCUCUGAUGACAACAACUUGCUACCCGUGCCAGUUCGUUUAAGUAUACUCCACUUUUUCCGGAACUCAUAACCGUUCCGUCGACAUACCUGACCUGUACGCUCGAACUUAGAGAACUAGAAAGAUAUGUAGGCAGAGAAUUCAACCAAGUGAAAAUACAAAUUUUCUUAGCUAUAAUGGUUUUUUUUCUUUAAAAAAGGUGAAAGAUAAUAAAAUCAAGCAAUGAUUUGUAGGAAGCGGAAAAAGCGGCACAAGCAAAACAAGACAGAGCAGACGCACGUGCAGCUGCAGCAGAAGAAGCUCGAGAAGCACGAGAAGCAGCACUUGCAGUCGAAACUGGACCUGAUAUCGUGAAAUCUCCAUCGGAUUUCUCAUGUCACAGUUAUGAGCUAUUCGUAGGUCAACCAAAAGGGCACGACGACAACAAUAAGGAGAAAAUGAGCAUACGUUCAGAAGGAUUAGAUUCAGUGAGUGAGCAGCGAAGAAUACCUACUAAUCCCACCAAGAUGCGGAAAGUCAGCGCUGCCAGCCUGAGUCUACCUGGAUCACCAUUCAAUCUUCGGCGUGGCUCCAGAGGUAGUCACCAGUUCACGUGUAUGCGUAACAAUCGCCGCAUGGUGGCACCACCUGGUGACCGAAAACCUCUGGUUUUGUCUACAUAUUUAGAUGCACAGGAACAUCUGCCAUAUGCUGAUGAUUCGAAUGCGGUCACCCCUAUGAGUGAGGAAAAUGGAGCCAUGGUCGUACCUAUGUACUAUGCUAACUUGGGGUCACGACAUUCUUCAUACACUUCGCACGCUUCACGGAUGUCAUACACCUCACACGGAGAUCUAUUAGGUGGUUUAGGUGGAAAUGGAAAAGUUAUGACCAAAGAAAGCCAACUAAGAUCCAGGUCGAUGAGGAACGGACCGGCAACAGCACCAAAUAAUUUCAGAGAGUACACUCCAAGAGCUUACCAGGGAGAUUAUGAAGGGCCAACCGGACAGACAUGUGAAGGAAAACUGAAGCAUUUAGACAAUCCAUUUAUCGAUAGUAAUCAAAGGCAAACUGUGGUAGACAUGCAAGAUGUUAUGGUUUUGAACGACAUAAUAGAGCAAGCAGCUGGAAGACAAAGUGGUGCCAGUGAACACGGCGUUUCUACUUAUUAUUUCUCAGCCCAAAAUGAUGGUGAGCAGGAAGAGCCGACAAUGAAGGAACGCGUAUUGGCAUUUAUAAUGAAAGUCAUUGAUAUAUUUUGCGUAUGGGAUUGUUGCGAGCCCUGGUUGGUUUUUCAAAAGUUCAUAGCCCUUAUUGUAUUCGAUCCGUUCGUCGAACUCUUCAUCACCCUGUGCAUCGUGGUGAACACCCUGUUCAUGGCCUUAGAUCAUCACAAUAUGGACAAGGAUUUGGAUAAGGCACUGAAAAGUGGAAACUAUUUUUUCACGGCUACAUUCAUGAUCGAGGCGACAAUGAAACUAAUAGCGAUGAGCCCGAAAUAUUAUUUUCAAGAAGGAUGGAAUAUUUUUGAUUUUAUUAUCGUAGCAUUAUCUCUGCUAGAGUUGGGCCUUGAAGGUGUUCAAGGUUUAUCUGUUUUGAGAUCAUUCCGACUGCUGAGAGUGUUCAAAUUGGCCAAAUCGUGGCCGACUUUAAACUUACUCAUUUCUAUAAUGGGUAGAACUAUGGGUGCUCUAGGUAACCUGACCUUCGUGCUGUGCAUUAUUAUAUUUAUAUUUGCUGUUAUGGGUAUGCAGUUAUUUGGAAAGAAUUAUACAGACAAUGUCGACAGAUUUUUAGAUCAUGAACUACCAAGAUGGAAUUUCACAGAUUUCAUGCAUUCAUUUAUGAUAGUAUUUCGAGUACUCUGUGGAGAAUGGAUUGAAUCAAUGUGGGACUGUAUGUUGGUUGGAGAUGUAUCCUGUAUCCCAUUUUUCCUAGCCACAGUUGUUAUUGGCAAUUUUGUUGUUUUGAAUCUCUUCUUGGCCUUGCUCUUGAGUAACUUUGGUUCAUCAAGUUUAUCGGCUCCAACAGCUGACAACGAUACUAAUAAAAUAGCGGAGGCAUUUGAUAGAAUUGGUCGUUUUAUCAAAUGGAUCAAGGCUAGUGUUGCAGAUAUCGCAAAACUGAUUAGGUUUAAAUUAACAAACCAAAUAUCAGACCAGCCGUCAGAUCCAAGAGAUGGUGGCCUGGAUAUACCGGGAGACGAAAUAUUGGCAGAUGGUAUGAUUUUCAAAGAUAAAAAAAGUCCGAAAGAUAGGUUAGAAGUAACAAUAGGCGAUGGUAUGGAAUUCACGAUACACGGUGAUUCGAAAACAAAUUUGAAGAGAGGCAAAAAUAUAAGCAAUAUUAACAAAAGUAAAACAAUUGGUAACUCCAUUUUAGAUCACUCUGAUUUCCUUGGGCAUUUGGAUGACGACGAAAUCAGUAAUAAAUCUUAUGGUAGUCACAAGCACAGGUUCAGAGAUGAAAGCCAUAAAGGGAGUGCCGUUGUUUUAGAUGAUCAAGAAGAAAAACGCGAUGCCAGCAAAGAAGAACUGGGAAUCGAUGAAGAAAUGGAAGAAGAUGAGUACGAUUGUCAGGGGGCAUUGGAAGAUGACAUCAUAGACGCAGUUACCGAUGAUAUAAUUAUAGACGAAUAUUCCGCAGACUGUUUUCCAGAAAAAUGUUACAAGAAAUUUCCAUUUUUGGCCGGCGAUGACGACUCGCCAUUCUGGCAAGGAUGGGCAAACCUGAGGUUCAAAACAUACAAAUUAAUAGAAAACAAAUAUUUUGAAACAGCAGUUAUAACAAUGAUUUUGCUCAGCAGCUUAGCACUAGCACUAGAAGAUGUCCAUUUAUCAUCAAGGCCAAUAUUACAAGAUAUUUUGUACUACAUGGAUAGAAUAUUUACAGUAAUAUUUUUUUUCGAAAUGUUAAUAAAAUGGUUAGCUCUAGGUUUCCAAAAAUACUUCACGAACGCAUGGUGCUGGUUGGAUUUUGUAAUUGUUAUGGUGUCCCUAAUAAACUUUGUCGCAUCUUUAUGCGGAGCUGGCGGUAUUCAAGCAUUCAAGACAAUGAGAACUCUGAGAGCUCUAAGGCCGCUAAGAGCAAUGUCGCGAAUGCAGGGAAUGAGGGUUGUAGUAAAUGCAUUGGUACAAGCUAUACCCUCUAUCUUCAAUGUAUUGCUAGUGUGCUUGAUAUUUUGGUUGAUUUUUGCUAUCAUGGGUGUACAGUUGUUUGCGGGAAAAUAUUAUAAGUGCGUAGAUAAUAAUAAGUCAGUGUUGAGUUUCGAAAUCAUCCCAGACUAUAAUGCUUGUAAAGCAGAAAACUAUUCCUGGGACAAUUCUCCGAUGAAUUUCGAUCACGUUGGCAAAGCAUAUCUCUGCCUCUUUCAAGUAGCAACAUUCAAAGGUUGGAUCCAAAUAAUGAACGAUGCAAUUGAUUCCAGAGAACUGAACAAACAACCAAUCAGAGAAACCAACAUUUACAUGUACCUUUAUUUCGUAUUCUUCAUCAUAUUUGGAUCUUUCUUCACUCUUAACUUGUUUAUAGGAGUAAUUAUCGACAACUUCAAUGAACAAAAGAAAAAGGCAGGAGGAUCUCUGGAAAUGUUCAUGACUGAAGACCAGAAGAAAUACUACAACGCAAUGAAGAAAAUGGGUUCGAAAAAGCCAAUGAAAGCUAUACCUAGACCGAGGUGGAGACCCCAAGCGAUAGUGUUUGAGAUAGUAACCAACAAAAAAUUCGACAUGUUCAUUAUGUUGUUCAUCGGUUUGAACAUGUUGACGAUGACGAUGGACCACUAUCAGCAGAAGGAGACAUUCACGAAAGUUCUGGACUACCUCAACAUGAUUUUCAUAGUUAUAUUUAGUACAGAGUGCCUCAUGAAAGUGUUUGCUUUGCGUUAUCACUAUUUUACGGAGCCAUGGAACCUUUUCGAUUUAGUGGUCGUCAUUUUGUCCAUUUUGGGACUGGUGCUCAGUGAUAUUAUUGAAAAAUACUUUGUGUCACCUACCUUACUGAGGGUGGUAAGAGUGGCAAAAGUGGGGAGAGUUCUUCGUUUGGUCAAAGGAGCUAAAGGAAUCCGCACGUUGCUUUUUGCACUCGCCAUGUCACUGCCUGCGCUCUUCAACAUCUGUUUGCUGCUAUUUUUGGUCAUGUUCAUUUUUGCUAUAUUCGGGAUGUCAUUCUUCAUGCACGUCAAGGACAAAAGUGGCCUAGACGACGUUUACAACUUCAAAACCUUCGGACAAUCCAUGAUUCUCCUAUUUCAGAUGUCCACUUCGGCUGGUUGGGAUGGCGUUUUAGACGGGAUCAUCAACGAGGAAGAAUGUAAGCAACCAGACAACGAAAUUGGAGAAACGGGUAACUGCGGCAAUUCCACCAUAGGCAUAAUUUUCUUAUUGAGCUAUCUUGUUAUAUCGUUCCUCAUAGUAAUAAACAUGUACAUUGCUGUUAUAUUGGAGAACUAUUCUCAAGCGACCGAAGACGUACAAGAGGGUCUCACAGACGACGAUUAUGACAUGUACUAUGAGAUCUGGCAGCAGUUCGAUCCCGAUGGAACCCAGUACAUUCGUUACGAUCAACUAUCUGAUUUUUUGGACGUGCUAGAGCCACCAUUGCAAAUACAUAAACCGAACAAGUAUAAAAUUGUUUCGAUGGACAUACCAAUCUGCAAGGGUGAUCUUAUGUUUUGUGUAGAUAUAUUAGACGCUCUCACUAAAGACUUUUUCGCCCGCAAGGGUAACGCUAUCGAAGAAACUGCUGAGUUGGCGGAAGUUCAAGGACGACCAAACGAGGCCGGUUACGAGCCAGUUAGUUCGACCCUCUGGAGGCAACGCGAAGAAUACUGUGCUCGACUGAUACAAAACGCGUGGAGGAAGCACAAAAGGAAUCGCGGAGGUGCUACAGAUCAGUCGGAUGAAGGGGAGGCCGACGUCGAAGGGGAACUCGAAGCCCGGCAAACAGCGGUCCUAGUAGAAAGGAACGGGCACAAAGUAGUGAUACAUAGCCGUACACCCAGCAUAAGCUCAAGAACUGCGGAUGUAUGAGACUGGUCCCGCCCCUCCCCAACCCCGCCAUAGUCAGGUCGCUAUGCUCAGAUGGCCACAACGCACGUUCCUUUAUCUCGGCUGAAUUCGAAAUUUUUCGUUACUCAUACAUCGAAAUUCGUACAUCCUAUCCGAUUUGCGUUUCCAAUUUUGUUAAGUUGAUAGACCAGAAUAUGUCCGAGAUAAAAACUUCACGUGACGAAAUUUGUGCAGUGUAGUUUGAUGGAGAGAGUAUCGUUUUUCAGGUAUCAACUGAUUUGCUGCUCAUAUUACUAUUGGCAUAUCAAUGAAUCACCAAUCUGUCAAAAAUAUGGAUUAUAGUUGUAUGUUCAGUCGAUUGGUGAGUGCACACUGCUAAAUGAUACUGAAUGGUUUCUGAUGUAGAUGUCUCAGCACUGGUUCGGCGAUUAAAUCACCAAAUGGAGUUUCAGCAGUGGGCAGUCACCUCAGAUAGUUGAUUCAAUUUAUAUUUCUUCUCGUUGAUCGAGGAAUCCUAGUUAUUUCAGGUCUAAUCACAACUGAAUGAUCACACUAGUAGGUGAUCAUUCAGUUACUCUGAAAUCAACAGAAUUCCUCUCAUCAUUUGAGUACUGUAAAAUGAUCAUAGAAAAUAACAUUUGUAUUAACUGCUAUCAAUAUGACAACCCUGCUUAGAAUAUGAUCAGCCACUUUUGCUCUCUAUGAGCAUAGGAAGCUGAAGUCAACAACAUCCUGAAUCAUUCUGUCUUAAAAUGAUGCCUUUAGAAACAAAAUGUACAAACAGUUAGUGGCAAAAAUAGUCUCAAUUUUGAGGGCAGCAGUUCCCAAGAUGCUCCCAAAUAUUGUGAUCUAGUAAGCAUUGAUAUGUAUAUUAAUAACUCACAAGCAGAUAGAUGAUUCAGGUUUCAAACUUAAUUCGUUGAAAAGUGCAUUUUUGACAACAAUUUCCGAGACUUAAUUACCUCUUGCAUAAACUUGCCAAUGCACAAGCAGUUAAAAAUGCAUUUUUUGAAUUUCGUAAAGAUAUAUUCUAAAUAUGGCUUGAAUCAAUGAACAAUAAACCAUUAAUAAAGUGGAAUAUUUUAAAAUCACAAGUUAUAUAUAAUGGUGCUUUCUUCAAUUGCUUAUUUUCAAGCUAUCUUCACAUGCUACAUGGACCGCUAAAGGGGAGGGGCAAAUGGGAGAAAUUUGCAGAAUUCACAAAUUUUUGUAGCCUCAUACAAAACAAAGAGUGUGAAUGUGUGACAUUUUUCGACACUUAUUUUCCAGCAAUAAAUAGUAAACCCUAUUUCAAGGAUUUGCUUUCUGCUAAUAAACCAAUUUUUUAGAGUGAAAUAUAUGAUUCAACACAUAAAACAAGCAUUUGAACAUGAUGUCGGCACAAAUUUUCAAUAUACUUCCACAACACAUUUUGUACAGUAUGCAUUUUUCAGAAAAGCUGGAGGAAUGGAACCUAGUUUUGUGAUAACAUGUCAAACGCUUGAAAAGUGUCACCCAUACAUAGAUAAAUUUAUUCAUAACUUUCUAAAUAACAAGAAGUACCAGCAAUAAUGCUGUAGUUCUUUGUUAUAAAUGCUGUUAUAUUAUUUUCGUUGAAACAAUUGAUUAGUAUAUUAUUGUUGAAAUUUUAUAUAAAUAUUGUAGUCAAGGGAAGUGUUUGGUUGAUUUGUUUUCCCCUAUUAAGUUCGCAUAAACCACCUUCAAUCUCUGUUAAUAUAUACUAUCAUUCCCAGGCAGUAUAUAAUGACUAGAAGAUUUCAAGAGUCCUGCAGUGUUCAGGUUAAUCAUUAUACAGGGUAAACCAAUCGUCUGUAAUAAAUAUAAAUUAUCAUCUGGAUUCUUAAAGAAAUAGUCUUAGAUUUUAUUAUGUUUCGCAUAUUAUAUCGCAUAUAGAUACAAAAGUGACACUUCGUAUUUCGAGUACCUAGCAAUAAGAAUUUUGUUAAAAUAUUCCAAGAGAUUCAACAGUUCAUAUGUUGUAUCCUAAACAAGGAUGCAGAACUAUUUUCAGAUCAAAACACUGUGUUUUAAUCAAAGCUCAAUAACUUCCAUUUAUGAUUCAACCACGAACCUUGUCAAUGACGUCAUGAAAUGCUAACUUUCGAACAUUUCAACAAUAUAAACAAUCCCUUCAUUCAUUCUCAUGACGAAAAUUCACAAGAAUAAAAUUUCUAACUCAAUCUCCCCUUAUCCCUAUGAGGGUCGAAUAGACCCACUCACUUUGGACCUAACCUAACCCAACCCCUUAUCCCUAUAGCAACCUUAAACAAAAUUUUUAGAUGACCCGUUCAAACAUAUCUAAGGUGAAUUCUCCGGAAUAAAUUUCUCAAAAAUCUCGAUGCCAUUUCUGAUAUCACUCGUCUUAGACUCUUAACUUAUACAAUAGGAUACUAUUCUUCAUCAGAUGAUUUGUGCACCCUAUAUAUGCUCAGAAAUUUUUAAAAGUGUUUCCUAUCAAGAAUACGUAAUUGAUGACGAACUAUGACCAUUUAAAACAAAGAUCAUUACAUGAAUCAUGAAACUGAAUAAAUGAGGGCAAUAAAAACAUGGUUGUUCAUUGUUGAGUAUUAGAUUUAGUUAAGUGUUUGUUAUUAAUAUGUAAAUUAAUAUCUGAGUGGAACAGUGUUGCCUUAUUUAAUGUUUUGAUAGCCAGAAACGACAGUCAAUCAAACACUUUCCAUAUUCCAAGGCGCAAAGUGAUAAAUAUAUUUAUACAGGCAAUCGCAACUAUACAAAAUUAUUUGAUUCCAUUACCUAACUCUACAGCUUCAUUUUUUCAUGUUUAAACCUAAGUUAUUUUCAAACAUGGCCUCAUGUUAAUG